CACUUUCAAGGUCUGUUGCUAUUCAGUAACAGUCAUUGUCCAGAUGCGCCUGCCGCCGCGUUCGUUUGCUCGCGACCCCGCAGAUGACUCUUUCUUCACCGCAAGAGGGAGAUUGGUCAGGUCUCGGAGAAGUUAAAGCUAAAGACUCGUACGCUCGCUGCUGAAAGCUUGCGAUCCUACUGCUCGGCACGUCUCACUCAUAUAUCGUUCACCCAGUUUUGCAACAAUGCCUCACGCUGUUCUUGAUGACGACGGGAUCGACGCCCGCGACGACGAGCUCAUCGCCAGCCUCUUGAACACCGACGCUCAAGAUGUCGACCAACUUGACUUUAGCAGAGAGCUCGAACCGGGCGAGAAAGCCGAUGAUGCUCAGGACUUUGAGGAUAUUGGAGACGAUGACUUGGCCGACGAUGAGGACGAGAUCGUGCCAAACCCGGACAGAGUUGAUAUGAAUGGACACUCUUUCGAUGAUACGCAAGACGGUGCGGAUGGUAUCUUUGACGACGGCUUCGACGCUCUUUUCGAUGAUGCGCCUUCUCCCCCAACGGACGGCACGGCUACACAGAAGGUUGUCGGGAACGAAGACGACAAAGAUGAUCUACAUGGGCUGUUCGAAGACGAAGACGAUCAUAAUACUGACCAAGCUAAUGGAAUCGCUCCCAUAUCUCACAACGCGACCCAGCUUGAGGACGAAGAGAAGGAGGAUUCAGAUUUGGCAGACGAAACUCAAGGGCCUUCACCAAAUCCUGUAGACGACGGAAGUCUGGACCAUAUCGAGGACCCAGCCGAGAGAGCGCAACUCCUGGAACAGCUUGAGUUAUUCGGCUUUCACCGCGACAGGCAGACUCGGACUGUCACGGCGGAUAUUCCACCGCCACCUGAGACCGACAAGGAACUGUUCCGCACAAUCUUCCCACUGUUCGAGGAAGACAAACCUGUCAGGUGGAAGAAAGUGCUACCCCAGAAACGUGCAUAUUUCGUUGGCAAACAGCCUCUCAAACCACCAAAGUCGAUUCAGCCAUCCAAGGUGACCCUUGAUCUUAUGCCGGACCAGGAGAAAUUGUUCAGGCUGCCACCUUCGACCACUGCACCAACAAAAACCCGAGCCGAGGAAGCUGCACAAAGAGGACUAAUUCUCGUUACAACCCAUGAUACACAGGAUAAGGAAGAGGAAGAGUCAGAUGUAGAUGAUAUGGACGAUAACGAGCCCGUUGGUGGCUUUAGAUGGCAAGACCUAGAAGUCGUUUGUGCAGACUGGGACCUCUCAAGCUCAAGUGAUGCAUCUGAAUAUGGCGAUAUUGUACUACCUCCUGCUAAGAAGCAGAAGGGAAACCAGAUGGACCAGAGUGGGCUUUUACACCGUUUCUACGAGGAUUUUCCUUCGCUUGAGGACCCUGAAGCUACAACUGCGAAACUGGCGACUAAGAUUACUUUGGAUAUGAACGAUCCACAUUUAAUGCUCCACGAAAUGGACGCCAAUAUUACCCCUCGAAUACCUCGCAAACCUGGACUGGAAUUCAAGCGAGACGUGAGCGGAAGUUUCACUCGUGCGCUAUCUAAACGAUUCAAUAUCUCUAAUGACGAGGCUUACGACGCCCUCAAAGAGAACCACCACAACAACAAGGUUCGCCACCUCAUCGGCACCGAGAGCCUCGAACACGCAACACCGGCAUUACGGCUACAGUUCCCAUUCUACAAGGUGAAGAUGAGUGCUCGAGAAUGUCGGUCUUUCCACAGACCCCAAAUGCAUUUUAAGGCCCCCGAGCUAGCUAAAGUUACGAAAAAUCGUCGCGUAAAGCGAAAGCUGCUAAAGGGCCUAUCUGCGAAGGAGAUCUACGCUACAUCCGACAGUCUUUCUUUAGCAGAUAAUUCCGACAUGAUUCUCUUCGAGUACUCCGAGGAGCAACCUAUGAUGAUGUCGAAUUUCGGAAUGCAUAGUCGUCUCAUCAACUAUUACAAGCGAAAAGAUGAUGCGGAUACGCAGAGGCCGAAGAAAGAGCUUGGUGAAACAUCCGUAUUAUUACCACAAGACGAUAGUCCAUUUUCCAAAUUCGGCACAGUGGAACCUGGCGAGAUGACUUCAGCACUGAGCAAUCAGAUGUUCCGCGCUCCUGUAUUCCAACACGAGCCGAAGAACAGUGAUUUCCUGAUCAUUCGGAGCACUACCGGAGAGAACGGCCAUAGUUGGCAUGUGAGGAACAUCUCAAACCUGAUGGUCGUUGGCCAACAGUUUCCCAAUAUGGAGAUACCUGGAACUCAUUCGCGCAAAGUGACUGAAGCUGCCAAGAACCGAUUGAAGAUGAUUGCGUACCGGAUAUACCGUAGUAAUUCUCGCCGGAAGGUCAAGGGCGCUCUUCUUAGCAAUGAAAUGAUACGAGAGCAUCUUCCUGGAACAGACAUCGCCCAGAACCGUGGAAAGCUGAGAGAGUUCAUGCAGUACGACAAAGAACGUGCCUCCUGGAAUCCUAACCCCGCUGAAUACACAGACGACGCACCUGUCGAAUCGCUUCGAAAGAUAGUUCCGGAAACAAUCUGCCUACUGGACGCCACACAAGUCGGAGCCCAGUAUCUGCAAGACGCAGGUUAUAACAAAACUGAUAAUGAUCAAGAGGACGUCGACGAAGACGGCGAGACUAUGGAGGAGCAGAUGGCGCCCUGGCAGCUCACCAAGAAUUUCUUGAAUGCUGCAGCUGGCAAGGCCAUGGUCGAGAUUCAUGGGCCUGGCGACCCUACUGGAUGUUCCGAGGCUUUCAGUUUCAUCAAAGUUUCAAUGAAAGGUGGCUUUCGUGCACUGGGUGAGAGUAUCGAGGACCAGCUCGAUGCUCAGAAAAAGAAAGCAAACAGUGGGCAUAAUUACAACGUGGCCACUCAAGAACAGAAGUACAGAGAGGCCAUAACGAGAACUUGGAAUGCCCAAAAACAGAGCCUCAGUUCAACCGUUGAACAAGAAGGCUUUGAUGCAGAUGGCGUGGACAAUGUCGAGGAAGUGGUUGAUAACGGUCGAGAACCUACGCCACAUCACGUGGGCGGGUCCCAGUAUGGGACGCCCAUGCGCAACGACGAUGAUACUAUGAGUCAAUUCAGUAGACUUAGCCGAUCCAGCCAGAAAGGCAAGAUGCUGAAAAUCACGCGGACGGUGCUUGAUACGUAUGGGAACCCGAAGACAGAGCGCGAGGUUAUCAAAAACCCCCGGGUCAUUCGAGAGUACCUGAAAAGGCAAAGCGCCGCCCACCUCGAAGACAUUAAGAAAGAUUUAUUCAAUCUGAAGCCCACGGGUGAUGAGGCCAAAGAUGCUUUGCGAGAGAGAGCUCUUCGCGACGAACUUCUGCGUCUUGAGCGCAACCAAGAACGCCGCAUGGGCCGCGAGAAAGCCAAGGGUGUCUACAACCCAUCUAAUUCCGACUCUCCUGGUACAGGAAAGCACGUUGGUACCCACCGCAAGUUUUUAUUCUCUCUCUCCUCCCGGCGAAAGGAUCAUAAGUAUGCUGACGCAACUUCAACAGGCUCUGCCCAAUGCAAAACGGCACGAUCCAGGGACCCGAGGAUUCUGAUGCUGCGUUUCCUAUGCCCACUAUAUAAUCGCCUCUCCCACCUCUAUACGCGUAGCUUCACGUCUUGUUUUCCUGAAUUUUCAUUCUGCAUGCAGAUGUUUCGACCUCCUUGGCGUUGAUACGGUGUAACAUGGCGCAGUAAUUGGACUAAAAGGUCAGCUAUUGUUACAGUUUGACAGCGAGCUACGCCGGUCGGCUCGUGGGAAGUCCCGCCUUUGAAAUAUAUAAGGCCUGGUCUUUGAUCGGAAAUGAAUCGCACCAUUCAGCAGUGAAGAUGUAAGAUAGGUAUUCGUCUUUCCAAUUCAGUAGCGAUCACUGGUGGAUUGCGACGGUGAAUGAAACGGGCUGCGUGCAAUAUUUACGCAUGAGGACGACUCGAAUGCAGAGCGAGCAUUGUUAUUACCAUAUAGGUUAGAUUAACUCAGUACAGUAAACCUUG